GAUGAUUGUCUUCCAAGGAUGAUAAGCAACUGAUUAUUUUGUAACACUCGCAAGAAAUCCAAGCAUUAAUGCAUUAUACCAUUUCUGUAGCAAUUUCAAGUUCUCCGAAGCAAUAAGUGAGUCGACAUCAUAGAGGUCGGUCGUACGAAAAAUGACACGCAUAGUGAGUAUUGUCAGUGUGUUAGCGUGUAUUUUCACCUUACUGUCGCAUUCGUUCGCGGCGGGUCCCAUAGGCACCUUCCUGCAAAUGAACGCUAUAGGCUUCCCGGUUAUACAUCAGCUACAAAAAUGGGUAUUCGAUCCAGAUGUCGCGCUGAGAAGACGAAGACAAUUCAUAGACCUGCAUGGUGAUAAGGGGUCAAAACUUAUCGAGAGACUCGGCUUGGGAGUAGAUGGUUACGCGGAUGAGAGGCUUAGAAUGCAAAGGGAAAGAGAUGUUGGACAUUUAGGAGGACUUAACUCUUUAAGGCCGUAAUGUUGGACAGUUAUUUAAAAAAAUCGGUCAAUGUGGACCAUUAUUUUAAUCGCUCAUCAAGGCUGAACGGUGGUUUUAGUUUCGUGUGAAAGCAAACUAUUCGCAAGCGUGUGUAUCUAUAAUUUGAUUUAAGUGACUAUACCAAAUAUAUGGUUAUCUAAAAAUAGUUUUAGAUAAAGCUGCAAUCGGGUAUUAAGAAAUGUUUAGGUUGAUUUAUUAACAUAGUCCUGGAUAUAUACGUAUAUAACUAUACAUGUAAUUCUACUUGAAGGAUAAGGGUGAUUGUGGUUCAUAUAAUUAUGUUGUUAAUGAAAAAUUUGUUACAGUGAAAUACUUCAUUAUAUCUGGCUUCUAACAUUUAUUUAGGACAUAUCAGUGACAUCUUUAUCAAAAUAAACACGGCCAGUUUUAGUUAUAUAUAAUGUAAGUGGUCUGGAUACUGUUCUAAAUCAUUAUAUAUCUUUAAGUGUUUCGUUGUUGCUUGUUUAAACGUUCUGUUAAAUAAAUUCAGUUAUCUUAUCUGGUGUAUGCUUAAAGAUAAACCUCUAUGGUGUUUAAAAUUUAUAAUGAAUGCAACAAAUUUCAAGUAAAUCAAGUAAAGUAAGAUAUCAUUUGUCGUCUUAGUUAUUUUAAGUUGUCAUUAAGUGUUUUGUUAAAUAAUUUUUGAAUCUCAUUCAAUCAUCAUUAGUAUUAAUUUCGUAAAAAUUAAACAAUUCUACGAAUAUUAUAAUCAAAGCUCAGGUUUUUGUACCAUGAUAGUAUAAUGUUCUUACGAAUUAAAUAAUAACAAAGGUCCGAAAAAUAAUUAGAGUCCUAGUCCAUAAUGCGACUUGCCAUGCAAAAAGUGUGGUAGAAAACUGUUUGAUUUUAUUUAAGUUUGUAACUAGUUUGAAAGAUAAUCAGGAAAUGUGAUUAUUUGAACUAAGACAAUUUGUACCAUAAAAAGGCUUUAAUGAGAAAAAUGAAAAUAUAAUAUUUGACCCAUACACGUUAAACUAUUAAAGAAACAAACUUGUUUCUCCUUAUCAAUUUUAAACAGCAUUAGAACCUGCUAGGCCAGUAAUUAUUAAUUAGGCAGUUAUUAGCAAUGUAGGUUAGGAUAUAAGUUGAUUUAUUACGAAAUUCACGUCAGCAUUUUUCUAACGUAUUAAUAAUUACGUUCAUUGAGAAAUGUCGUCACAUUUGGACUUUAUUAUUGUUUCAUCUUAGUGGAAAUUGCUGGUGUAGCGAAUUGUUAUGUGAAAAAAUUGUUAUCUAUACAAAAAUUAUACAAAAAAAAAAUGCUUUAUAUUUCAAAAAGUAUUGUCUAAAUUCUCUAGUUGUGUGAAGGCCGUUGUGGACCAAUUUUAAUAUGUUGCAAGCAAUAAAAGUAAUUAAUAUUCAACUAG